AUGCCAGAAGCGACCGAGUGUCAGAUACGGUUUGAUAACAACCCUUGUGGUGUUUAUUUUCCCGGCCAAAGCCUCUCCGGAUACGUGGAGCUGCGCGUACUAGAAGUAUUCAAAGUUAAAGGUGUGAGUCUACAAAUCAAAGGAUUCGCCGAGGUUAAAUGGUCGGAGAGUAGUGGUACGGGCAAAUCCCGCCGUACCGUACACUACCAUGGACGGCAGGACUAUAUCAACACGGUCACGUAUCUGCAGGGUUCACCGGAGGGCAAUCCGUUCGAUAUUGCGCCCGGAACGCACACGUACCGGUUCGGUUGCCAGCUACCGCACAAUUUGCCCACCUCGUUCGAGGGCCAAUACGGUCAUGUACGGUACACUGUGCGCGUAGUACUACACCGACCGUGGAAGAUAGAUCCAACGUAUAAGGUCGGCUUUACCGUGCUACGCCACGUGAAUCUUAACGAGAAUGCGCUCUCACUGUCCAUGCCGUGCAAGCUCGAGCUGCAGAAGGUGUUCUGUUGCGGACCAUGCGCCUCCGACCCACUGUUCAUUUCGGCUCAGGUCCCAAUCGGUGGUUACGUACCCGGUCAAACGAUAGCGGUUCAUAUUGAGGCGUCGAAUAGAAGCAAGAAGCGGGUGACCGAGUUCAGCACAAAGUUAAUGAAGAAUGUGUGCUACAUCAGCCAGACACCGUACAGCCGUGUGAAGCUAGUGCCGGAAGUGGUGGCAGAGGUACGCUGUCAGGGUGUGGCCGCCGGUGAGCAGUGCACUCGGGAUCAGUUUUUGGCAAUACCGGCACUACCUUCCACUAGCAAUCAGUGUCAAGUGUUGACGCUCGGGUAUGAGGUAGAGGUUGAGGCUAAAAUUCCCGGACCAAACAUUAAUCCGCGCAUUCGCAUUCCGAUAACGCUCGGUACGGUGCCAUUAGCAGCGCACGCCAUCCCCACGAUGGGUAAUAACGAACAGUUACAGGCGUAUCCCGUACCGUCCGUACAGGAACGUGGCGUGACAGAACCAUCGGUUCCUCCCCCUAUUCCGUACGAUCAACUCAAACCAACCGGCAUGUCAACCGUAUCCACGGAUCAACUACCACCUCCGACGUACGAGGAAGCCGUUGGAUCGACACCGGCCAACAUACUCGAGGAGGGCGAAGAAAAUACGGGCAGCAACAAUUUCACGCCACAGUACAUGGUUUACCGGUUCAGUGAGUAG